AUGCUCUAUCAAUACACUGAUGGGGUGAAGAGUCAGGUCUUCCUCACCACCCUUUCCGGAUCAGUGCAACGUUGGUUCAAACACCUGUUGAUCGGAUCAAUUCAUAAUUUUAAAUAUUUUCGAGCAAUUUUCUUACACCACUUCGCCAGCAAUCGUCGUUACCAGAAGACAAGUGUCAAUCUGUUCACGCUGAAGCAAAGGCCCAAGGAGGCAUUAAUGGCCUACAUUAAGAGGUUUAACCUGGUGGCCAUGGAUAUUCCAUCAGUCUUCUCGGAGAUAUUGGUAAAUGUCUUCGCCCAGGGGGUUAUCGAAGGGGAAUUCUUUCGCUCCCUCAUCUGUAGACCGCCAAAAAACUUCGACCACCUACUCAGAAGAGCCACCAAAUACAUAAAUGUGGAGGAAGCUCAGGCGGUGCGAAGGAAGGAAGCACCUGCCGAGCAUACUGCUCCCGCGGAAUGA